AUGCCAUCAACAAGCUUAUGCCAAGAUGAGGCAUGCGCUCCAUACAGCCUUAUGGAUGACUACAGCGAGGGAGCUCACCCACAAAUCCUUGAAGGUCUUUUGCGGACAAACUCCACACAGCAAGUCACCUAUGGAAACGAUGAAUACAGCACUUGUGCCCGGCAAUUGAUCCGAAACAAGAUCGGUUGCACCGAGGACGAGGCAGAUAUCUUCUUUGUUCCCAGCGGAACCUCCGCAAACCUCAUUUCAAUCGCCAGCUGCCUAAGACCCUAUGAGGCUGUAAUUACUCUGGACUCGGGUCACAUUGCCUGCAAAGAGGCAGGUGCGAUCGAGGCAACCGGCCACAAACUUAUUCUCGUGCCUGCAGUCGACGGCAAGAUGACUCCCACCAAUCUCCAAAAGGCGCUCCAGCAAAAUCAAUUCUACCCUCAUAUGGCCAAACCCCGGCUACUUUAUAUCUCUAAUGCCUCCGAGACCGGCACUGUCUACACAAAACGCGAGCUGAGCAGCCUCUCCGCUAUUUGCAAACAAUCCAAUCUCCUACUCUUCAUGGACGGAGCACGAAUCGGCACAGCCAUCUGCUCAAGGAAGAACGAUCUCACUCUACGGGAGAUCUUCGACAUGACCGAUAUCUUCUGGAUUGGUGGCACCAAAGCCGGUGCUCUGAUGGGAGAAGCAAUUGUCGUCAAGAAGGACCUGGCCGACGGUUUCGUUUUCCACCUCAAACAACAUGGCGCUUUGCUGGCCAAGGGCCGUAUUCUUGGAGUUCAGUUCAUGGAGCUCUUCCGGUCAGACUUGUUCUUUACACUGGCCACGCAUGCCAAUGAGAUGGCCCAGAAGAUCUCAACCAGCUUCGAGAAGUUGGGUUAUAAGUUGGCUGCGGAGACGGAGACAAACCAGGUGUUUGUUGUCCUUCCUCAGCAAUUGGUUCGGAGCCUGCAGAACAGAUUCCGAUUCUAUGUUUGGGAGCAGCUUGAUAAUGGGGACUCCGUGAUUCGGCUUGUGACGUCCUGGGCCACGGAUGAGCUGGAAAUUGAUAACUUCAAUGCGUGGGUGCAACAAUGGACAGUGGCAACCAACAUUUGA